AUGUAUGUAUCCGACACAUCUGACGGCCUCGACUCGGACUUCUUCAGCUGGGACACUGUCACCCCGAACCACUCAGAUCUGACGUCUGGCACCAUCUCACCGCCCAAAGAUGCCAUCUUCAACGCCAGGACCCUCUCCUCGUCCGGCAACAAGCAACCCCGUACGCUCGCGCCAAAUCUAACGCGCCGAAGCCACAAGAAGUCGCGCGCCGGAUGCUUCACCUGCAAAAGCCGCAAAAUCAAGUGCGGUGAGCAGAAGCCCAAAUGCGGUAAUUGUCUGCUCAAAAGCCUUGACUGUGUCUACCCACCCACCGAGCAGACCAAACGCAAAGAGACCCCGGCCAUUGCUCUCACCAAGCGCAAUGUCGGCGGCGUCACAGGUAGUCCAGCCACUGCCUCCUUCACCAUGCUGGACAUGCGCUUCUUCCAUCACUUCCUCACCACCGCCUACCCACACCUUCCCAUCGGCAAUGACCACGUCUGGGUCAACGAAAUCCCCCAGUUCGCCGAAUCCCACGAGUACCUGAUGCACGCCAUUCUCUCUCUCGGCGCCUCUCAUCUCAGCCGCCUCACCGAUAUGGACUACCGCAAGGAAUCGCUGAUCCACCGCGGCCAGGCCAUCGCCGGCUUGAACACUGCCCUCAGCAUGCCUGCGCGACACUACGGCGAAUCCGACGCCAUGCUGGCUGCUUGCUACGCACUCACCUUCCAGGCCUCGUACAUGGGCGACGGCCUCGCCGACUUCAUCACCAUGGUCCGUGGCUGUGCCCUCACGACCGCCAAAAUCAAGCAAGAGGACGUGCCCACCGCCUUCAACCUCCAGCCCAACUGGCACUUCAAAGUCAUGGCGCCGCGGUUGGCCAGCCUGCCGCGCGUCAAUCAUCUGCUGCUACAGAGUGGCAUCGCCGCAUUGGAGGACAUCCGCCCCUUCCUCGACGACGAGGUUGACAUGAAUUUCCACCAGGCCCUCAUCGAGGUGCUGGAGGCGCUGCUGGACUCGCCACAAGGCGGCUACCUGCAGUUCGCCGGACUCUACGCUGUCUGGUACGAACUCUGCCACGACUCCUUCAAACGCUUCCUCGACCCGCACAACCUCCCCGCCCAGCUCCUCCUCGCCUACUUUGUCGGGCUGCAGAUGCUCAUGGUGCCCCUCGCCGUCUACGAGUGGCCCGACCGCGCCGACUCAGCCAAGAGCCGCGUCCUCAGCGGCACCGUCGAGUGGGCCACCGGCAUCUUCACCCGCCUCGAGGACGCGGGGAGCCCGUUGCGCACGCAUCUCGGCUGGCCUAGGCGCAUUAUGGCGAUUGUGGCGAGGGAGAUUGCGGGGGAGUGGUCUGGUGGCGGCGGCGGCGGCGGAGGUGGUGGUAGUGGUGGUGCUGGCGCGGGGCUGGGGACGGGUGCCGGCGUGAGUGUUCUGAGGUUGGAUUUGCCGAUUAGUCCCCCACUGACGACGACGGGUGUGGAUGGGGGUGGGGACAGUUUGGGCGAGGUGAGUGUGAGUGUGAGUGAGGAUGGGGAUAGGGAUGUGGAUGUGGGGGAGUUGGACUGGGCCGCCGCACGGUUCUGGGAGGAUGAGGUGGGUGGCGAUCUGGUGGUGGGUAGUGUCGUGGAUCCCGUGCUUGUCACGACCAUGGGCGUCGAGAAUGUGGUGAGUGGCGCGACGGCGCCUGCGGUCAUGGAGACGAUUGAUUUGGAUAUGGACUUCUUGUGA